AUGAACAGUACAAAGACAGAAUCCACUAAAGAAAUAGAGCGUUUAAUACUAGACAAAUUCAUUCCAGAUGGGAUUAAUUACAUACCAAAAGACCCAGGCAGGCAGCAAUAUAGGAAGUGUGGAAUAAAAGAAGAGAAAUUAAUACUUGCACUAGAAGAGGUUCUAUUCGAUAUUUCAUCACCAGAAAUAAAUCAGUUGGAUGUUAAUGAAUAUGCAAUAAAUUCCGGGUAUAAGCACUUUUUAACAUACAGAGAAAUUCGAAAGGCAGGCUGGAUACUCAUCCCGAAUACUCUGCCAAUUCUACCAAUUACGGAAAUUUUCAUAACCGAAAAAAGAAGUAGUUGCUAUAAUCCCAGAUACUUCUAUAAAGUAUAUCAGCCAGAUAAGCACUUCAACAGAAAGAACUCCAAAUUAUACGGUUACUUGCUUAUAGUUACACCACUAGACAUAUUUACACAAGAAGUAUUCUCAUAUACAGAAAACCUUCCAUUACUUAUUGCUGUCUCAGAUGGAGACACAUUUACUGUAAUUAAGUCAAAUAAUUUCGGUUCAAUUCCCACUCUUCUCUCAGAAUAUACGCCCAGUGAAAGGACUUAG